CUGGUCGACGCGGCGACUGGCGUAUCGCGGCGGCGGCGUUGCAGCGCAGCCCUACGAGCGGUCGAGACGCGGCGAUGCGUGCGAGCGCUGCGAGAGGAAAGCAGUGUUUGGCUGCAGAGGUGUUGUUACUCCUUGCACGCGCACGAGCGCUGGAAAAACGCCCGCAGUCGCUGUAAGAGAUGAUCAGCUGUCUCGAGACAAUGUAUGAAUGCACCAACAGCGCGUACGCGGCAGGCGGCGCUCGUGGAGCAAAUUUCUCUCGGGUUUUACAGCUGAGCCACAAUAUUUUACAUUCGUUUGGCUGCUACGCCGUCAAUAUCACUUCUCUGACCGGCUGCAUGUGCUGCUGACACCCGUAUUGUUAUCUGGCAUGGCUGAGGCGCCGAAAACAGCGGCUCCAGCCGCCAAAAAAGCGCCUGCAGCCACGCCACCUACUCAGAGUCAGCAGGGCGGCCCGCCGACGGACCUCGGCCCGGGCUACGCCGUCGAGCGCCAGAUCGGCACGGGCUCCUUCGCCACGGUCUGGCUCGCCACGAAGGACAACCAGUCAGUAGCGAUCAAGGCCGUCGAUCGAAGCCGACUCACGAAAAAGCUGCGAGCCAACUUGGAUGAUGAGAUCAAGAUCCUUGGCAGUGUCAAACAUCCCAAUUUGGUGGCGUUCGUCGAUGCGGUGCCGCGACCGGAGCGUAUUUAUGUCGUGCUCGAGUUUCUGGCCGGAGGCGACCUGCAAAAAUAUAUCCGGAGCAAAGGUAGACUGCAAGAAAGCACGGCCCAAAAGUGGAUCGGCCACCUCGCGGCUGGUUUAGAAUGUUUGUGGAGCCGGUCUUUGGUCCACCGGGACCUCAAGCCACAAAACUUGCUGUUGACGGAGGCGUCAGAUCAAGGUGUGUUAAAAAUCGGCGACUUCGGCUUUGCGCGGCAAUUAGGACCGUCUAAACUCGCGGAGACCCUUUGUGGAAGCCCCUUGUACAUGGCUCCCGAAAUCCUAGCUCUGAAGAGGUAUGAUGCAAAAGCCGACCUCUGGUCCGCGGGCACGGUCCUCUUCGAGAUGGUCGCCGGCCGGCCGCCCUACACGGGGCGAGACCACCGGGAUCUACUGAGGAACAUCCGACGGAAGGCCUUGCGGCUGCCAAAAGACGUGACUGUGUCCAGAGAAUGCCUGGAUGUCCUCCAGAAGCUGCUGCGGCGGGACCCUUUGAAGCGGUGCGCCUUCGAGGACUUCUUUCGGGAUCCCUUCGUGAACGGGUGUGCUCUUACACAAGUCGUGGGCGACCCCUUUGCGCUGGCGCCGGUCGCGGAAGUAUCUUCCUCACCUCCCGAGAAGCUGGCGUCUCCGAUACUGAGAGCGGCGAACGCGGCCGCGGCGUCUUCACUCUUAGCUUCUAGACCGCCGCCCUUCAUGACCCCCAAGUCGCCCUCGGCCCCGUUCGCGGCCCUCGUCUCGUCCUCCUCGUCGUCGCCGCGCGCGACGCCUCGGAAGAUAGAGGGCCGGCCGCCGCGGUCGCCGACAUCUCUCAAGAAGCCGUCAAUGCCCACGCCGCCGCGGUCCGCGCCCGCGUGGAAUCAACCAUUCGUCACUGCGCCGUAAAACUUUUGACUUCCGCACAGGUCCACGCCGUCGACGCCCGCGCGGAAAGGGCCUCCUCCCCCUCCUUUCGCCUCGCAGAACUCGCCAGCGAAGGCGUCGCUCGGACGCAUGCGAUCCAUGUCGGACCCGACGGAGCCACCCACACCGGUGAAGACGCCGUCACCUCCAGCAGCUUCUCCUCGGAAGCGCUCGUCCACCGUCGACGGACGAUCGCUCGACGAAUUAACCUUACAAGGCUAUGUGGUCGUCGACGAUCCGACUUCGCUCCAAGCCCAUCGAGUCCAAGUUUUUGCGGCUUUCGCGCUAUCUCGCUUGGCCGACGGCGUCAAAUCUGGUGAGGACGAGUGCGAGGCCGGCAAGGCCGUGGUCUUAUAUGGCGAAGCGUUGCGAGGUUUGAAGAGAGUCGCUACUGCCUUAGUACCUCAUAAAAAUGAAGCGAAGGCCGCCGAACUUUUGAGUCUAGUGGAGGACGCGCGCCAGUCGAUCGUGGAACGAGCCGCGUCGUGCCGAGACAUGCUCGGGGCUACUGCUGUUGAUUUACCUUCUUCUCGCGACGUGGCGAUGGGCGUCUGUACGUCUCUGUCCAAACGGGGCGCGCAAUGUGAUCAGAACGGCGACUGGAAGGCGGCCAAGGUUCUUUACGAAAGAGCCGUCGAGGGCUUCCGGGCGUUACUGGCUUUGGGCGGUUUGAGUGACGAGGCGACGGACCACGUGGUGGCCAUGGUCGGGCCCGAGGGCGCGCUAUUGGACGCGCUGAAGACGAUCGACGACCAACUUUGAACUAGAUUGUUUGUUCCUAUAUAGAGUAAGAAGCUUGUAACCUUAA